AUAAAAGAUGUAAAAAUCGUUGUUUAGUUGAUCAUUGGUGAUUUGUGUAUGUUAGUGCUAAAGUUUUAUGUAUUUAUCGAUGGUCAGGGAUCUGACUCGACGAUCUAGAGUUUGUCAAGGGCAGUAGACGGUCACGUGAGCAAGUGGAGGUCAGUUUGGGGACCAUGUUAUGAUGUACAUCAUGUUGUGUUACCUGACUAUGUCAAAUACACGUUUUCGACAGGAAUUUUUGUCAUGUAAAUGGUGACACCCAAAAGAUAUGGGCCACCAUAAUGACAGUUCAGCAAUUUUCUGUCACAGACCCCCUACACCAAAAACCAGCCAACAGAAGUUUUCUUGUAAUAUCCAUCAUCUGUUUUGUGAUUGCCUGCAUCUUCAUCUGCACAGCCCUUUCUGUUAUUUUGACUAAUAAUGAACCUAAGAAACAGCCCAGAGUUGACACAGAUUAUGGUGCCUUGAGUUCAAAGACAAGGAGCAGUUUGUUGUCCCUCAUUCAACCAUCUUCCUCCUUUGCUCCUUCUGUGUCCACAGAUGCAACAUCUGCCUCCAUACAGAUCUCAAGUUCUCCAAUAAAACCCUCUGAAGUCAGCACUCGUCCUGUACACAAUUCCUCAGCAAUGAUGAUGUAUUCAUCGACAAUCAUGGUUUCAGCAACUUCAACCCUUCUACAGAUGUUAUCCUCAGUCAUGUCUAUCUCGGAGAAGUCUUGGACUUCUCCUGUCUUCCAUACAUCAUCUAUAGAUUUUUCCUCAGAUGUGUUAUCCUCUUUCUACUCCCCUGUUUUGUCCAGUAGUUUGGUCAAUACAACAAUUGCUGCUCCCGUUACCUUACCAGCGUGUUCUGAAUCCGAUUUUACUUGCCACAGUGGAGAAUGCGUCCAAAAAAACUUUCGAUGUAAUCGCUAUCAGGAAUGUCGGGACAAAUCUGAUGAAGAGAACUGUCCAGACUGUGUGGGCGUUCAGUGUGACUCAGGGCUGUGUCUAUGGAGCUGGUUCCCCCUCUGUAAUGGUGUGGUGGACUGUCCCGAUCUCAGUGAUGAAGUCAAUUGUGCUUCAGAUACCAAGUUCCAGUGUGACAAUGGGGUGUGGAUCUCCACAGAUCAGUGGUGUAACGGGAUUGACAAUUGUUAUGACAACAGUGAUGAGAGGAAUUGCAGCUGUCUGGCCGGUCUGGAGACGAUGUGUGGUGACGGGAAGUGUAUUCGCACAGACUGGAUCUGUGACGGAUUCAGUGACUGCAGUACAGAUGAGAUUGGCUGUGACAAGUGUGGCGGUGACCAGUAUGUGUGUGGAGACUACAGCUGUAUCAGUGAGACCAUGGUGUGUGAUGGGCUCCAAGACUGUCCCCGGGGGGAGGAGGAAAAGCAGUGUUUUACCCUUGUGAAUAACCUGACCACCUCAAGCGGGAUACUUGUGGGGAGCUUCAGGGGAAGCAACUUUGUCUAUCCUGUAUGUAGCACAAACUGGAACCCCCGUCAUAGUGACACUGUGUGCAGGAGUUUGGGACAUGGGGAAUCGGCGAGGACCCUGACCUCUAGUAAGUUGGAUGCCGUUCAGUAUUUGGAGCUGAUUGACUACCAGACAGACACACAGACAAUCCUCCCACAUCUCCAGACCAGCCUCACCUGUCAAUCAAACAGGACUGUUGAGAUCACCUGCAUGCCAAAAGAGUGUGGGAGGAGGAGCCCUGGCCUCCUGGUUCCAUUUAUCUCGGGCGGAGACCUGGUCACUAGAGGGCGCUGGCCAUGGGUGGUAUCCCUGUCCUACCUGGGGAAGCCUAUCUGUAGUGGUGUCCUCAUUAGUCCUCGCUGGGUCCUCACCGCAGGACACUGCAUGGCUGUGACAGGGGUUUACAAUUACACCCACACACCUAACUACAUCCAAGUCCUUCUGGGUUCAAUUAAACGCUCACGUGACCUGGACAGAGAAUCAGUGCUAUUGCGUGCAGUCAAGAUUCUCCACCACCCUGACAUGAAGUGGACAGGUGAGGGGACAAUUUACUGGGACAUUGCCCUCAUUCAGUUAGAGAGACCAGUGACCUUCACCUCUGUCAUUCAGCCCACCUGUCUCUCAUCGUCCCAGAAUUUGCAGGUAACAAGUACCUGCUUCCUCGCCGGCUGGGGAAACAUCGAACCUAAUCACGACACAACAGUGGAGUAUUUGAGAGAAGUCAAGCUCCGUGUGUGGGGGGAGGAGGCUUGUAGGAAUAAUACCUUACCGUCAGAAGCCAGCGUCAACACAAACUUCACCCUGUGUGCCGGCUACACCGUGGGCAUGAUGUCUGGAUGUCGGGGGGACAGUGGGGGUGGCCUGAUGUGCGUGAACCACCUCGGUCAGUGGAGCGUGGAGGGCAUCAUGUCCAGCGGCGGGGCUCAGUGUGGCGUCCCCUCCCCCCGGGCUCUCCGCUUCACCAGUGUGAACGCCACCUUCCCAUGGAUUAGACAGACCAUGUUUACAUAUGGAUGAUGUUCAAUUCCUAGAUCCACCACAUUUCUUAUGUUGGUCUGUUGUGCAUUUGCUGUAAGCUAGGGUGGUAUAUCAGGGUCGGGUGAUUGCUACACCUGGGAGGCAGGGAACACUGCCUAACAGUGUGACAUUGACCUCAAUUACCUACCACCAUAAAUGAUUCAAAGCAGGACAGAAACACAAUAUUGAUUCAAGCAGUAUGUAGAGUUUGUCUUAAUAUUGCUAUUACUUCAUUAAAAUCUUUGUGUACCUUUCUAUCAAAUUCAUAUCUUGUAUGUUUUAUCAUUCUAUACUGUUAUAGUUACAUGUAUGUACUAACUGUAAUCACGAAGAAUCAUCGACUUGUACAUAAUUAAGCCAUACUGUUAGUCAGGAGAAAUCGACACCUGCAUCACUUAGUUUUGGAUUACACAUUUAUCAGUACAUGCGAUAUACAUGACCCUUAUUAUUAUCAGAGAUAGUCGGAACUAAUAAGAAUAGUCCAGUAUUCACCAUAAGCUUAGAAAAUAUACUAGUGCAAUUUAUCAGUACAAGUUUGUUUAAUGUAGUUUUAGAAAAUUGAUUGUCCAUGUAAUAUUAAAAACACAUUUGGACUAUGUUUUUGAAUAAGUCAAUAUUGAAUUUGUUCAGCUUUCUCAAUAUCAAAAAAAUAAAUAGUUUAUCACAUUAUCAGUUGCAAGAAAAUUUUUAAAAAAGAGCUACCUACCCACCCACAAUGAAAAUUUGUCUCUGAUUACGACAUAUUAUUAAUGCUGGCCUCAUAAGUACAAAAUGAUUUAGGACAAUUUACAAUUUCAUAAUUUGCAUAUUGCAGAAACUGUACAAUCCAGUUUUGGUUAGCAUUGUUAUUUUGGUAUUCCUUCAUUGUUCUAGUGUCCAAUUCUAUCACUACAAUUAGGUUUGUAGAAAAGUAUAUUUUACAAAAGCCAUCUUUAUAUUUUGAUAGGAAUUUUAUUUGUAUCAGGUGCACUGUCAUUUUAUGAUAUUUUUAAAAAUAUAAUGUGUGCAAGAUAUUUAUAAAUGUAAAUGUUUAUGUUUUAUAGAAUAUUGGACAUAUUGUUUUAUUUC